AUGUCGGCAGCAGCACAGUUGGGGCAUGUCCGGAAGGGACAGGCGUGCCACGCUUAUGUUGUCAGGAACAGCUUGGGCUAUGAUCUAGCUUUAUUAAAUGCUGUUCUUGGAUUUUAUGUGAAGAUCGGUGAUUUCCAGGCAUCUAUGAGGUUGUUUGAGGGUACGACGGAUAGGGAUGUGAUCACUUGGAGCUGCAUGAUCAAAGGGUAUGUUCAACAUGGAGAUGCACACGAGGGGUUGAGAAUGUACAGGGAGAUGGUUAAGGCACGUGUCCAGCCCAAUUCAGUGACUUUAGUGAGUGUUCUGCAGGCUUGUGCGCUUGUUGUUGAUGCUGAGGAAGCUGCUGCACUUCUUGAUUUGUAUUCAAAAUGUGGAGACUUAGAUAGCGCUGUCAGGGUAUUUGAAGGUACUACAGAAAAAGAUGUUGUGGUGUGGGUCUCAAUGAUUGCUGGUUAUGGAGCCCAUGGCCUUGGUCAGGAAGCUGUUGCGUUGUACCAAAGGAUGAUUGCCUCAUCAAUUCAACCCAACAGUGUGACAUUUGUGUCAGUGUUAUCAGCAUGCAGCCACUCUGGCCUGGUUCAGGAAGGAAUACAAAUUUUUGAUAGCAUGACUCAAGUUUUUGGAGUCGUGCCAAAUGCCGAGCAUCAAAGUGCCAUGGUUGAUCUCCUUGGUCGGGCCGGUGAACUGCAAGAGGCUAUAAGGUUCAUUCGUGAUAUGGAUGGAAGAGCUGUUGCCCAUACUUGGUGUGCCUUGCUUGCUGCAUGCAGAGAACACAACAACACUAAGAUGAGCAUAGUAGCAGCAAAGAGUCUGCUCAAGCUGGACCCUGACCAUGUUGGCUACUACAAUCUCUUGACAAAUAUAUAUGCAUUUGAUGAGAAGUGGGAGAGUGUAAAGGACACAAGGGACACGGCGAGGGGUAGAGAUCUGCGUAAAGUGCCAGGUUACAGUUCAGUUGAGGUCGUAACUUAG